GUUGCUCAAGUCCAAGUGAUCUUGCAGCCUAUCACUAACCCUGCAUCUCCACCUCUCCUUUACAUUGAAUUCUUCAAUUUCUCCAAUAUGCACUAUGCCAUCAUAGACAACAUCUGUGUUGUUUCUCCUGCCCCAAAGAUCAAGAUGUUUUUAGUCCAACAUUGCCUCCAAUCCAAUGCCAAGCCACUUGGAGACAUCAUCCCUCUUGAUAAUGUACAACAAGUUGUUCAGCUCGUCCCAAAGUUCAGUGACAAGUCUCCCAGAAACAUGACAUGCGAUAACUGCUUGGACAUGGGUCACAAGUUCUACAUAAAUAGUUUUGCAGACAAGGAAACAUUCCAUGCUGUCCUUAGC